ACCUCAGUGAGAUUGCAGCCCGGCUGGAGACCUGUGGGAGAUGGAGAGAGAAGGGGGACCUCCUGGCUGGAGCGGACCAACAGAGUAGGCAGUCAUGGCUGGCAAAUUGGAUAACAGAGUAAUGUUUGACCUCUGGAAACACCCCUUACAGGACCUCCGGCCCAAAUCCACUAGGUAGGAGAGUCAUCAGCUGGAAGGAACCGGAGCCUGGGGGGACCUGGAUGGACAGGAAUGGGGGAUCCAGGCCAGUCCUCUAGUCCCCGGUCCCCCCAGGGAAGCCCCCCAACUCUCAGCGCUCUCACGCUCCUGCUGCUCCUCUGUGGACAUGCCCGUUCUCAAUGCAAGAUCCUCCGCUGCAACGCCGAGUACGUGUCGUCCACCCUGACGCCGCUUUUCGGGGCUCCACGCUUCCACCACCUCUUCCACACGUGCCGUGUCCAAGGCGCGUGGCCCCUGCUGGAUAACGACUUCCUCUUCGUCCAGGCCACCAGCUCCCCGGUGGCUGCAGGGGCCAACGCCACCACCACGCGGAAGCUCACCGUCAUCUUUAAGGACAUGCAGGAGUGCAUUGAUCAGAAGGUCUACCAGGCUGAAGUAGACAAUCUUCCUGCAGCCUUUGAAGAUGGUUCUAUCAAUGGCGGUGACCGACCUGGAGGCUCAAGUUUGUCCAUUCAAACUGCUAACCCUGGCAGCCACGUGGAGAUCCAAGCUGCCUAUAUUGGCACAACCAUAAUAAUCCGGCAGACAGCUGGGCACCUCUCCUUCUCCAUCAAGGUCGCUGAGGAGGUGGCCAGGGCCUUCUCAGCUGAGCAGGACCUGCAGCUCUGUGUGGGAGGGUGCCCCCCAAGUCAGCGACUCUCUCGGUCUGAGCGCAAUCGCCGGGGCGCUUUGACCAUUGAUAGAGCCAGAGAGCUGUGCAAGGAAGGACUUCCAGUUGAAGACGUAUACUUCCACUCCUGUGUCUUUGAUGUUUUAAUCUCUGGUGACCCCAACUUUACGGUGGCAGCUCAGACAGCUCUGGAGGAUGCCCGGGUCUUCCUGCCAGACUUAGAGCAGCUGCAUCUCUUCCCCUCGGAUGCGGGGGUUUCUCUUUCCUCAGCAACCUUUUUAGCCCCACUCCUUUCUGGACUCUGUUCUGUGGUAUUGCAUUGAGUAACUGGGCCAGCAAUCCCAUGACUAGUACGGUCCUAUAUGGGACCGGCAGGGAGGAACAUAAAGAAACAUUGAAAGAAACAGGGAGUUUACAGACGCCUGAAGCAAUGGUGCUUGUCCAGAGUCACAGGAGGCUGCAGCCCAGGGUUGAAGUGAUCACAGGAUAAGGAGUCUGGAAAAUAGAUUUUGCAUUCCACACUUCUCGGGGGGACUGUUCACCACAUUUCUCAGUCCCUUUAAUAGCAAGCAGAUUGUUCCUGUUCAUGUACUCUUGAGAUCACCCAUACAAGUUUAGGGUUUAAGGGAGUCUUGAUGGUGGGUAGAAAACUUAAGGGUUGAGACUUCUGAGAGCAAAGAAUUGAAAGAGGAAAAGAUGCUAAUUACUUUAUUUUUUCACAACCUACCCACAUAAGAGAGGGUAUAACUGUGUGCAUUGUUUGUGUGAGAAUGCCGUAUUUAUAAGAAACUAAAGAUCUAAGUUUCUCUUGGAAAGUGGAGUGGGGAUAAACCCAAAGCAAACUCACAGCCAUUGAGUGAGUCCUGACUCCUAGUGAUCCUGUAGGACUGACUAGAAU